UUGCCGCUGCAUGUGGGGGAGCGCGCGCUGUCAUGGAACGAAAGUGUGGGGAUGAGCUAAUAUUUUUGCUGAUAAUGUUUUAGCCCCUGAGCAUUUUGGGGAGAAGGAGACAAUACCAAGCGGAUGGAACAAUAUUGGAGAAUGACCUAUUUUCAACUGCCAAUAAAUCAACCUUGUUGUCAAGAAUCCACGGUGGACAGAUUGACGGGUGCACAUGGGGACAUAUAAAAGGGCUGUCGGCGGCUUGAGAAAUAGUGGUAUAUUUUGAAUAAACGUGUAGCCUACGCUGUAGUCUCACUUGCAUGCCUAUAUAAUAAUGGGGAGAUUGUGUAAUUUAAUUUGAUUACACUAUAGCAGCAUUCUCUCGCCACAGGACACAAUUCCCACGUGCGGUUUUCAUAAUCCAACAUCUGAGUAGUGUUUUCCCUGCGGCUCCCAGGGAGCGGGGACUGAGCUCACACAUUCACACAUGCGAGCUGUUCGCUCCGCUGCCUCCGUCAGAGAUCCGCGCCUCGGCUAUUUGAAAUGAGGACGGCAACCCGACCCUUUGCUGUUUAAAACUAUAGGCCUACUCGGGUGAUUUCUGCGGUCCGAACCAUCUGUGGCACGGCGCUGAGUGGGACGCUAUCUGCAGUGAUAGGGAGGAGGACGAGCCUGCUGUCCGCUAUACCCCAGCCUGUUCCCCGCGUACGGUACAGACAUGGAGCCUCUACCGGAGCAGAACUGCACCAUGUCAAAAAAGAGAGCUAUAGCUAAAAUCUUCAAAGUUCGCAAGAGGAGACAGAUGCUUUUCGUUCAAGUCUGUUUUAUCUGCAGUAUUCUAUGUUUGGCAUGGUGCAUGUCCGCCCUGCUCACAAAAACAGGACAUGGUCUGGUCCUGGAGCAGCGGCUGGCUGACACAUCUGACCGUCUGGGACGCAGGCUGAUGGCCUUGGACGGGGACAAUAACACACUGGAUAAGAAUUGCACUGAGCCAGCCAUCAAUGAGUUCCCUGAGGAUAUCUUCACCACCUACCAACGCACAAGAGGAGCUGUCCUGCUGCACAUAUUUGCGGCCCUGUACAUGUUUCUGGCCUUGGCAAUCAUCUGCGAUGACUACUUUGUGAUGUCGUUGGAGAAGAUCUGUGAGAAACUGGACCUGAGUGAAGAUGUGGCAGGAGCUACAUUCAUGGCUGCUGGCAGCUCAGCACCAGAGCUGUUCGCCUCGAUUAUAGGUGUGUUUAUCACUCAUGGAGAUGUGGGUGUUGGAACCAUAGUGGGCUCAGCAGUAUUCAACAUUCUAUGCAUCAUCGGUGUGUGUGGAAUCUUCGCUGGGCAGGUGGUGUACCUGACUAAGUUUGCAGUGUUCCGUGACUCGUUCUACUACACUCUGUCUGUGUUGGCAUUGAUUGCAUUCAUCUAUGAUGAGAAGAUAGUGUGGUGGGAGAGCUUAGUGCUGGUAGUGAUGUACUUUGGGUACAUUCUGAUCAUGAAAUUUAACACCAGCAUCCAGAACUAUUUCUCAGGGAAGGAAGACAAGAGCUUGGCCAACGGUAACGCGGUGAUCAGCAGCGAACUGGAGGAUGUGAAGCCCACUAAGAGGUACAGUCGUAGCUCUGUGGUGAUGGUAGAUGAGAUUAUCAACUCCAGCCCUCCUAACUACAGUUUCCCCGAUGCCGGCCUGCGCAUCAUGAUCACCAACCACUUUGGCCCCAAGACACGCCUCCGCAUGGCUAGCCGCCUCAUCAUCAAUGAGCAACAGAGGUUGGUGCAGGCAUCUAACGGUGUGGACAACGUGACCAUGGUGAUCACGGAUGGUAAACCUGAGACCUUGGAGAACGGCACUGUACCAGAGGAAAAGACUGUUGAGGAAGAGGAGGGAGAAUCCCUGAAUUCACCCUUCACCGUCCCUGGUGGCUGCAGGGAGACAGUGAAGUGGCUGAUCUGCUGGCCCAUCCUGCUGCUACUCUACUUCACUGUGCCAAACUGUGCCAAGCCUCGCUGGGAACGCUUCUUCAUGCUCUCCUUCUUCCUCUCCACCGUGUGGAUCGCCGUCUUCUCCUACUUCAUGGUCUGGAUGGUCACCAUAAUUGGCUACACUCUGGGCAUCCCUGAUGUGAUUAUGGGAAUCACCUUCCUGGCAGCUGGCACCAGUGUCCCUGACUGUAUUGCUAGCCUGAUCGUUGCCCGACAAGGUCUUGGGGAUAUGGCGGUUUCCAACACCAUUGGUAGUAAUGUCUUUGAUAUCUUGGUGGGACUGGGGCUCCCCUGGGCGAUACAGACCAUGGCUGUGGACUAUGGUUCUGAGGUGAUGAUCAAUAGCAGAGGCCUGGUCUACUCUGUGGUGCUUCUUCUGGGCUCUGUGUUUCUGACAGUUCUGGGGAUCCAUGUGAAUCAUUGGAAGUUGGACCUGAAGCUGGGUGUGUACGUGCUGGUGAUGUACGUCAUCUUCCUGUGUUUCUCCAUCAUGAUCGAAUACAAUGUGUUCACCUUCGUCAAUCUGCCAAUGUGUCUGGAGCAGCUGUAGGACGGCCUACACCACCAGACAGGUGUCCCUGCUGAAUUAUAGACUCACAUAGCCCUCUGAAUCUAAACUUAGCCACUAACUACUCAAUCAUUUCUAUCCUGAAAUCCCCCCCCCUCACACACACAGACAUACACUCCUUUUAACACCCCUUUUUCAUUCCAGACGUAAAUGUCUGCCCUUGCUAUAUCCCUUUUCCAUUCCUUCACUAUCUAUCAAUAAUAUAGACAUCCCUAGAUACAUACAUUCAUUCACAAUAUAUUCAGUUCCCCAAACACUCUCCCUACAUGUUUUUCUGCUGUCAAUGAGAAGAGGAGAUACCGACAGAACCGUAUGGAUUCUCCUGACUAACCCAGAGGAACAGAAGGCUACUCUUUGUCUUUCCCUCCAGAACCCAACUCACCGUCCAAAGGAGAGAUACACAGCUCACCUCUACACAGAACCCAUCUAGCUGAAACCCUCCUCGUCUUCACAACAUAACCCAGGACCACCAUUACACUUCCUAUACUUCUGUCCUCCUCUGUGUGUAUCUUAUCCGGUCUCAGAAAUAUGUUUUGGGUCGGGCAGCUCACCGGCCUCCAUCCCUACUAAAGAACAGGACCCAAGCAUUUAUGAAUUCUUCAUGUAUUGCCAUUUUGAUUUAUUCUAUUAUCUUCUUCAUUUGGAAGUAAAACAAACAUACAUUUCAUGAACAUACUGCACUUUAGAUGUUGCGUGUGAAAAGAAGUAGAGUAUAUAUAUGACAUAAUAUAUUAUAUUUUUCAGUGUUGCACUUCCUUUGUGUGGUUCAAUAAGGAGAGAGAGGGGGAGGCAGCAUGUGCCAAAUCCUAUCUCUUUCGCUGGCAGGAAGAGGGAAGUCCAGGGGAGAACCUGUCAUUCUUCUGUUUCUGGACACUCCAACUGCAAGAAACUGCUGAUCAGGACAUUGAUACGCCAUUUCCUGUGUUUGAGUGUGAGUGAAAGUAGGUGAGACAUUGCAAGGAAGGGAGGAGAGUCUCCUCUAUUAGUAUUCAGCACCACUGUGGAGAGGAGAACACAUCUUGGAAGACUAUGCCCCAUUGGUGCUUGGUGGAUGCUGAUUUAACACAAAGCUCAAGUUUACCGAGAGAACAGGACUUGGGCCCAGCCGCUUUGGCUGAGGAAAAGCAUGGAUUUAUUUUGGCGUGUUGAUUGUUGUUCAUGUUGAUUUGUUUUGAUUGCUUAAUUGUGUGUUUGAUAUCUUCAGCUCCUUCAGCUUGUGUUCUGUCUGAGGCCCGAUCCAUCAGAUACAAUACAGAACCAUUCAGUUUCCUCACCUCCCUGUGCUCCAGCCUGUCCGUCUUGGCGAGCUGAAGUGCUGCUGCUGAUGAUGGGGAUCUGUGCUUCACAAUGGUACACUUCUUUGUGUUGUGUGUUUGUUUAUAUGCAAAUACGACCUGUCAUGCACAAGCUGAGGUUCUCUCGGUGUGAACCCAGUGCUACCUUAAUUCUGCCAGUCGGGCAAGGAGGGGCAAGUGGGAUGCAGUUCCUGUGUAGAUAUUUUAAACUGCUUCUGUCUUUCCCCGACCCUUCUCCAAAUCCUUCUCUUCCUCCUCCUCACUUCUUUUUCUCCUCCUGGCUCUCUCUCGUUGUGAUUUUGUCUUCUCUAAAUGCACAAUGGGACAUUUAUUUACUUCUCCUGCGGAGCAGAAGCUUAGUGUGAUGGGAUCACUACCCUGUCCGUCCGUCAACCUCCAAAUAUUGGCAGCUACGAGUUGAGUUGCCCUCCGCCCAUCUGACUGACCUUGUUAAGGGUCGUGUUCAUCAGGGCACACAAUGGAAAACACCUUAAACCGAAAAAGUGCUUCUUAUUGUUUCAGUCCGUUUUCUUCCGUUUGGUACCUAAUGAACACAACCCAGUUCAGGGGUCACUAUGGGAGCAGAGGGUGGCAUCUGUGUCAGUGUCAGUCAUGACUGGGUGUUUCAGUGUUGAAAGGUUCUGUCACUGUUGUCUGUGUUAAAAGGCAGACGUUGGAUGGAGUGUGUGGUAUACACACUCAGUGGCUAGUUUAUUAGGUACACCAAUGGUUAGCUCCUACGCACAGUGAGUCACUUGGCCAUGGCUUGCUAUAUAAAACAGGCAGCUAUAUAAAACAGGCAGACAGGCAUCGGGGCAUUCAGUUACUGUUCAAUUGAACGUUAAAAUGGUCAUAACUAGUGACCUAAGCGACUUUGAGCAUGGUUCGAUUGUCGGUGUCAAGUGCGCCGGUUCUAGUAUCUCAGAAACGUCCAGCCUCCUGGGCUUUUCACGCACGACAGUCUAGUGUUUACCGAGAAUGGUGUGACAAACUAAAAACAUCCAGUCAGCAUCAGUCCUGUGGGCAAAAACAGCUCAUUGAUGAGAAGUUGAAGGAGAAUGGCAAGAAUUGUACAAGCUAACAGGUGGGCCACAAACAGGCAAAUUACGGCGCAGUUCAACAAUGGUGUGCAGAACGGCAUCUCGAAUCACACAACUCUUUGGUCCUUGUCACGGAUGGGCUAUUGCAGAGACGACUUCACUGGGUUCUACUCUUAUCAGCUAAAAAAAACAAGUGGCUCCAGUGGGCACGCGAACACCAACACUGGACAACUGAGGAGUGGAAAAACAUCACCUGGUCUGACAAAUGUGUCAGCUGGUGUCAGCGGAACAGGCUGGUGGAGGUGGUGUAAUGGUGUGGGAAAUGUUUUCCUGGCAGACGUUAGGUCCCUUGAUACCAAUUAAUGUUUCCAUCCCCUGAAGAAUUGAGGCUGUUCUGGAGGCAAAGGUUGUCCGACCCAGUACUAGAUGGGUAUAACUAAUAAACUAGCCACUGAGUGUAUUAUAUAAACACAUGUAUGCAAUCUCAAUUAAAAGAGGACCAGGUAAGGGUGGUACAGUAUAUUAUGUAUUUGAGAAUUUUUUUAUUUAUUGAAGCUUCUGAAAGCAUUUAUACUAUACAAGUACAUGAACUUUUGCACACACAUUUAUGCAUGCACAAAACACACACACACACACAUUUAUGCAUGUACAAAAUACACACACACACUUGUCAAAUGUUUACUUCCCACGCCCAAAGUACACAUACACAAACUUUUCCAAUAUUUACUCCCAUGCUCACACACACACGCUCACACAGGCAAUCUCCUAAACACACACACACACAAAAUACAUUUUCUUGUCUCAGUGGUAGUAGCUGGUGCAUUGUUAAAUGUUAAGUGAUGAUCUGAUCUGACAGGAGGGUAAUGUCAGUGUUGAACGAAAGCCAGAUGAAUGUUGCUACGGUCUGUUUAUUAUGGUCUGAGUUAUGAUGUCACCUACACCUUAGGUGCAUGGUAAAUAAACAAACAAACAAAGGGCAGGCUCUAGUACUGGUCUGGGUCAUGUUCAUUACAGCACGCAAUGGAAAACAUUUUGCAAUAGAAACUAAAAGAAUAAUUUCUUAUUGGACAAGAACAGAUAGUCCCCUCCAUGUUUCAGUCCAUUUCUUAAAUGUGGUGCCUAAUGAACACAACCCUGGUGUGUUAAAGGCAGGUGGUAUAAGACAAUGGUGCCCUGCCUGUGCCCUGGAUAUUUGUCCAUCCUCUUACAGUCUCAUUGAUGUCUUGUGUUUUAUUCUGUACUGUAUAUUCUUAUUGUAACCGGGAUAGAAGCCUCUACUCCUGUAUUUUUUGUGUGCAAUUCUUAACUCCAAGCAACAAAAAAAAAACAUUUUGGAAAAGUGGCUAAAUGUUUUCAAAUCUCACUUGAUUUAUUCCAUCCCUAAAGCAUUCUACUCAUGUCAUGAAAAUAAUAUAAUUUUGUGCCAUGGAUUUUAUAUGUUAUCACAUAUGAACUAAGGGAUAUGUGCAUUUUUUGUAAUCGUAACAAUACAUUUUCAAAUGAAUGGAUGAGCAGAUCUAAGUUUAAAUAAUUUGUCACCAGGUGGGGCUGAGGGUCUCCUGUAGGGUCAUAUCCAUGUUGUCAGUAAACAAACAAUGCACUGAUGUUUAUCAUAGCUCUAUAAGGAGUAUAAUAUCUCACUAAAUACCCACUUCUGUUGGUGAAUACCUUUGUCAAAGAGAAACUUUGAGAGGAAGUCACCAUUAAACUUGACUGCACGGUAUGGCAUGCAUGAACAUAACACGCACACACACACCUACUUUGGCUCUGUUGUUAUACACACAAUUGUGAGAGACUCUUGAGUGAAUGUUCCCUGAUUCACUGUGAGUGAAGGGUCGUAAGGUAAUUCAUCAAAAUUGAUAAAAGGUAGGCUAUAGAGUUAUUACAAAAACAACUUAAAUUUAAGACAUUGGUGUUUAACUUGAAUGUAUUUGUCUUGCUAUAAAUGGAUGUAUCCAACCAAUGCAUUUUACUGUAAAGCAAUAAUCAUCAAAUGAUUUCAAAAUAUUUAUGUAUAUUGUUAAAUGAAUCAUGAUUAUCUACGAGAUGGAUGAGCUGGGUGACACAUUAAAUAAUACAGUUGAUAAAUGCC